UAUAUAUUUAGAAACAGGAAGUGCCGCCAUUAACUGUAGAAGUGAAAUACAUUGUCAGCUGUGUGUGAAAACAAACUUGUUUUCACAACCCUACUUUCUGAAUGAUGCGACUAAAGUUUGACCAAAGCGACCCUCAGUCGUAUCGCUGUUGUAUCUGCUGCCAUGUCAAGACUGGUACCAUUCUCCUUGGCUUGUGGAACUUGCUGAUGCAGCUGUUCCUGAUAGGAAUGUUGAUCCUGGUGUCCUUCCACCCAGACAUUCUGCAACCCAAACAGGGCCUCACCCAGGACACUGAUGGUAUCAUUGUGGCUGAAACUGGCAGGGAUCAGGGCUUCCAGGCGUAUCCGUCAUUCGUGAAGAAAUCACUCACCAAAGAGGACCUGUGUGUGGGCUAUGCCCUGACGGUGGCCUACCUCAUGAUCACUGUGGCUCUCAUCUAUGGAGUUGUAAGGACCCGGCCUGGCUACCUGAUGCCUUUCUUCUGCCUGCAAGUGUUCGACUUCUGCCUCAACUGCCUGACUGUAGUGGGCUACUUCACCUAUGCCCCCAACAUCAAGUUCUGGAUCCGAGAACAAGGACUGGCUAACUUCCCCGGGAUGGACCGUGUUUUGGAGAUGAACUCGGACUGGCUGAUGUUAGUUUUCAUCACAAUCUUCAUCAUCAUUCUCUGCGUCAAGGCUUACCUGAUUGGUGUCGUCUGGGCUUGCUACAAAUAUCUGCAGAUGAGACAUGCCUCAAGGAACAUGGUCCGUGAAUACAACGUGGAUCCCGACACUGAGCAGAUGCUUCUCCCCCCCAAGUACGAGGAUGCCAUCAAGAUGCCGAUGGACCCCAACAUGCCACCUCCCUACACUGCAAACUAAACUCUUGGUUACCAAGCACAUUGGGUCUUAACUUAGUUUGAGAUUUACAUGGGAAUAUAUUUAUAUGAACAUUGUUUUUGUUCAUUUCCAGUUCAUAUAGGAGUUUUAAUAGCCCAAAUCUUAUAAAAUUGUAUUUGAAAGAUAUAUGUUUAACUGUGAAGUGAGGGUAUUUUGUUUAUCUGGGUAUAGCUCGUUGGUAUUUUAUGAAGCAGUCACCUGCUAAUGUGAUUUUGUGCUUAUCAAUAAAGGGGAAUUUUCGCCAUUUUGUAUUUGAACACAAUGAUUUUUAGUGAUGUCUGUAUACACUUGUUGCUUGUAACACAUAUGGUUACCAUGGUUACUAAUCUACUAACUACAUAACAUGGGCUUUCACAAACAUGUAAACAAUAUUCAUCAAAAACAUCUGAGCAGUAAACUAGUUCAUUGUAAUUUAGAAAAUAAUUCACUGAGUACAAUACUGUCUCUGUUUAAUCUGUGCCUUUUGGUCGUUCACCUGCACAAGCACAAGGACGUCUUCAUGCAUAAUGUUUGAGGAACUAACUUUAUUCAAUCAGAAGAUGGCUUUGUUUGUAAUAUUUUUGUAUUAGUAGGGCCUGUUAAGGUUGAAACAUCUGAUGGUAUGAGGUGUAUUUUCUUCACGGUUUUCGUGCACUUCUUCUUGUUAUUGUGAUUGUGGGUGAUGUUGUACAGCUGUCCUAGCAAGGCUGCUGAUGUGGCUGCUGUUGUAUAUAUAUCUGUAGUCUGUUGUACACACAGCCUGCUACAGUCAGCAAAUACAAUGGUUUUGUCAGAGACUUCAGAAUAAACAAUCUUAUUGGCUUCAAAUUUUUAGAUAUAUUUUUGGGAAAAAAUGUCAUUUGUAAAGUACAACAUGGUACACGAUUGUUUAUGUGAUCUGGGAUUCCAUGUCUCAGUGGGCUGUCUUGUUCCUUGACAGAGAUACCAAUGUUGUCAGUGAAGCAACUGGUUCCAGUUAUCUUCAGUGAUAACUCCAGAAACACCAAGGAACAGUUUAACAGUAUUGUGCAUCUUUUGUUCAUAUAAGGGAUGUAAGUUAAUUCUGGAUUUUAUUUGAAUGGGAACGUGUGGUGCUCUUCCUUUAUGUAUAAAAAGUACUAUGACUUACAGAAAUAAAAUCCCUAAUUCUCA